GCGGGACGGUGGGAGCGCGGCGCGAGUUCCCUGCCGCCCACAGCCGAGCGCGCGCGCAUGAUGGCGGGGGCGUGCGCCGCCGAGCUAAACGGCCGUUGAGGGAGGAGGGGAGAACGAACGCGCGCGCGACCGCCUGCCUCCGUCCGCAGCCCGGGUUUGACCGGAUCCUUCCCCGCGGGCGCUGAGGCUGAAGAGGAGCCGGCGGCCGGAGCUUGAUGUGGAACUGCUGUGGAUCAGUGGAUAACUGAGAUCAUUCUGCUUGAAUAUGCUAUCCAGUCCACUCUAGCCUCUCAACUCUUCCCCAUCAGUGCCUCUUUAGUAUUCUACCUGAAAACUGAACACGUCUUCUACAAUUUUUAAGAUUAUAAACCACUGAUCAUGAGAUGUUCCCACGAAAUCUACCUCAGACCUCACUUUUGCUCAUUAAUGUGCUGCACCAUUACAAAUCUCAGCAGGAGCUCUGCAAACACUCUUGAAAAAGUCUCGAGAGAACAGAUUGUGACACCAAAUCAGUGCGUGAUGACCUAGUAGUAGGUUGAAGUCUGAAACAUUCUUGAUACAGCAGUCCAAGAUAACACUGCCUAAUGUAUCGAUAUAAUUUCUAAACGCUACAAGCAGCUCCUGCAGUUUCUUCUUGUUACGCCAGAAACAUUCAUUUGACCUUUCUCCUGCAGAAAGAUCCUUGCUUCUCUAAUCUAGUCUGGAAAUAUUAAUGGAACACAGUCAUGUCUACUCAGGACGAAAGGCAGAUCAAUACCGAAUAUGCUGUAUCCUUGCUGGAGCAGUUAAAAUUGUUCUAUGAACAGCAAUUGCUAACUGACAUAGUGUUGAUUGUUGAGGGCACUGAAUUCCCCUGCCAUAAGAUGGUUCUUGCAACAUGCAGCUCUUAUUUCAGGGCCAUGUUCAUGAGUGGGCUAAGUGAAAGUAAACAAACACAUGUACAUCUAAGGAAUGUGGAUGCAGCCACUUUACAAAUUAUAAUAACUUAUGCAUACACGGGUAACUUGGCAAUAAGUGACAGCACGGUAGAACAGCUUUAUGAGACUGCUUGCUUCUUACAGGUAGAAGAUGUGUUACAGCGAUGCCGAGAAUAUUUAAUUAAAAAAAUAAAUGCAGAGAACUGUGUGCGGUUACUAAGUUUUGCUGAUCUCUUCAGCUGUGAAGAGUUAAAACAAAGUGCUAAGAGAAUGGUAGAACACAAGUUCACUGCUGUGUACCACCAAGAUGCUUUCAUGCAAUUGUCACAUGAUCUACUGAUAGAUGUUUUAAGCAGUGACAACUUAAAUGUGGAAAAAGAGGAGACAGUUCGUGAAGCUGCUAUGUUAUGGCUGGAAUACAACACAGAAUCACGAUCACAGUAUUUGUCCUCUGUUCUUAGCCAAAUCAGAAUUGAUGCACUUUCAGAAGUAACACAGCGAUCCUGGUUUCAAGGAUUACCACCUAAUGAUAAAUCAGUGGUGGUGCAAGGAUUAUACAAAUCUAUGCCCAAAUUUUUCAAACCAAGACUUGGUAUGACUAAAGAGGAGAUGAUGAUAUUCAUUGAAGCUGCUGCUGAAAACCCUGGUAGUCUUUACUCUUCUGUCUGUUAUAGCCCCCAGGCAGAAAAAGUUUACAAGCUUUGCAAUCCUCCUGCUGACUUGCAUAAGGUUGGAACACUUGUAACUCCUGAUAAUGAUAUCUAUAUAGCAGGUGGGCAAGUUCCUCUGAAAAACACAAAAACCAAUCACAGUAAAACUAGCAAACUUCAGGCUGCCUUCAGAACUGUGAAUUGCUUUUACUGGUUUGAUGCACAGCAAAACACUUGGUUUCCAAAGACUCCAAUGUUGUUUGUUCGUAUAAAGCCAUCCUUGGUCUGCUGUGAAGGAUACAUCUAUGCAAUUGGAGGAGAUAGCGUAGGUGGAGAACUCAACAGAAGAACUGUGGAAAGGUACGAUACUGAGAAAGAUGAGUGGACCAUGGUAAGCCCAUUGCCUUGUGCAUGGCAGUGGAGUACAGCAGUAGCGGUUCGUAACUGCAUUUAUGUAAUGGCCCACAAUUUGAUGUACUGUUAUUUUCCUAGGUCGGAUGCUUGGAUAGAAAUGGCUAUGAGACAAACUAGUAGAUGCUUUGCUUCUGCUGCCGCUUUUGGUGACAAAAUAUUCUAUAUUGGAGGAUUGCAUAUUGGCAGCAAUUCUGGAAUAAGACUCCCAACUAGCACUGUAGAUGGGUCUUCCGUAACUGUGGAAGUCUAUGAUGUGAAUAAAAAUGAAUGGAGAAUGGCAGCUAAUAUCCCUGCCAAGCGAUAUUCUGACCCUUGUGUUAGAGCUGUUGUAAUUUCCAAUUCUUUGUGCGUCUUCAUACGAGAAACCCACAUGAAUGAGAGAGCCAAGUAUGCCACCUACCAAUAUGAUCUGGAGCUUGAUCGGUGGUCUCUACGACAGCAUAUAUCAGAACGUGUGCUCUGGGACUUGGGAAAAGACUUUCGAUGCACUGUAGGAAAGCUGUAUCCAUCUUGCCUUGAAGAGUCCCCAUGGAAACCUCCAACAUAUCUCUUUUCACCAGAUGGGGCUGAUGAGUUUGAGCUGGAUGGGGAGAUGGUUACCCUGCCACCCGUAUAGCUCCCAAAUUAGAGACUGCACACCUGCUUCUGGGCUCAGUUACCUUGAAAUAGAAACUUUAAUGAAAGAACAGGGCUGGAAAUUGAAACAUUAAACCUGUCUUUCAUAGUUGUAUUUUUAUGCCCUACUUAACAUUUGCCGUCAUUCAGUAUGAAUCAGUGACUUUUAUAAGCAGAUAUGCUUCCAUAAUCUGAGAUACUAUCUGAUAAUUGAGAGAAACCUAUAUGUAUAUCAUGAGCUUAAGCAUCUGACUACUGUCUGAAGAAUUAAUUUCUAGUCCUAUGAAGUCUUUCAGUUCAAAAAGAAUCACAGCAGUUAUUGUUGCUAGGAUGGUAUGUCACAAUUGUUCUGAAAAUAUCUUCCAGUUAUAUUUGAACUACUUCUGGAUAUUCUACUUUAGUGCUAGUUAUAUAAUUUUCAAUGUGGCCUAAGUAAUGGAAUGUGCUGCACUUAACACCAGUAUCCGUAUCGGUAUAGUAAUGUCAUUUAAAAGAAAAAUAAACAAAUCCCAUGGAUCUACCUGUGGUAGGAAGGGUAGAUCUUCCUUUGUAUGGUAACAUGCAGGGCAAAAUGACUGCGGGUUCAGUCAAGGUGUAUUAAGUGCAUGUAUUCUAUUUUCACUAACUUAUACCUGUCUGUUUAGAAUACAGGUCUUCCAAGCAGCUGGUGGUUUACCAGAUGUGGACUUAAAUUGCUGGGCUUGCAAUAGGAAUUGCCAGCCACUCAUAGUGCGGGUCUGUGUGGAGCUUUAAUCAAUAAAUGCCUCCACAUUCUGUAUUACAGUAACAUUGGCUCAUGUAUAAUACUUCCUGCUGCUGAUGUAUUUUUCCAAUGUAAAACAAAGUUUUAGUGUGGAUUAACCAGGUCUUUAUUUUUUGUUAAUUUAAUAACAAGCAUUACUGUAGUGUGAUUGUGUAUAGAUAUCCUUUAGCUAUCAGGUUUUUUACUUUUUUGGGGGGGGAGCGAAUUGUUCAGGAAUAUUCUGUACGCUGUGUGCAGGAGAGCAGAUGACUAGUGCUGCUCUGGCAUUAAUCCCAGGAACCACUAGCAGUAGCGGGGCGCCGCCAAUCUAACAUGAACACAGGUGCUUCAUGACAACCUUACUAGCAUGUUCAGCUGCAUCAUGUUCUGGCACUGUAUUUUGAAUGACAUUAAUUUAUUAAAAAAAAAGACUGAAUCUAAA